CAUUGUGGCAGCUCCCACCAGAGUAAUUGACGUACCAUUGCCUUAUCGACUACCUGAUCACAUCAAAUGUAACACUUUUCUGCCAACUGCGAAUCAUAAUCGGUGGAUGAGAAUACUUGAAGAUGCUCAGAAAAUAGUAACGGAGGAUGUUAACGUGCAGAAAAGAGCUGCCAAAGGCGUUCGUAUUCCGUCUAGAAAACUACCGCUGGAUAUGUUAGGUCGCACUUAUGCACAAUAUUGCAAUCUUAUAAACAAAAUCUACGAAAGUUACGUAAACGCUAUGCAGUUGCAAAGAAAUGAGUAUAUGCUGGAGAUUGUUGCUAUUAUUUUGAAACGAAUGUAUGAGCUACGCAACGAGAUAGUGCACUAUGUUGUGAACGACUACAUCUUCGUGGACGACGCUCUCAUACAAAUGCAUAUGACGCCGUACGACAUCGAGAUUGUGGUCCCGUAUCAUUUACCCUUAGAAGCUCGACCAGCCUCCAAAGAACAUUUACUUCAAAAGAUGUGGCUAAGCGCUACACGACGAAAAGCAAAAGCUGGGAAGCCAAAGAAGCAAAAGAAAGCACCGAGUAAGCCAGUGAUUCUCGACGAUAAUGACGAUGGACCAUUAGAUGGCGUCCAACCUGAUACCAAAACUGCAGACGAGCAGGAAGGACAAGUUAAGGACGAAGUAGAAGAAGAAGAGUCGGAAUCUGAAGACGACGAUGCAUAUACAUACAGCGAUCAUACCGUGAUACCGCAGGAGUUUACUUUCGCUUUGCUUAUACAGAGACAUGAGCGGUACAGGCAGUUCUAUUUAGUCUACUACCUGGAGAAAGUCGCGAAUUACAGACAAUUCUUCAAACCUGCAUUUACACCUCCCUCCGAGGAGUUGAAAGAAAUGGCUGCUGCUUUAAUACAAAAAAUGUACAGGAAAUUCAUGUGUAUCAAGAGAGAAAAUGCAAAGCAACAUAAAAGGGAUAUUCUUCUGGGCAUGAUUCCAGACGUUGACAGAAGGCCGUUGGUUUAUGCCAAAGAAACAGAACUGCUAAAUCAACGCCACUACAAAGAGAAAGAGCAUGUAAAGGAAUAUCUCAGGCAAAAGUCGGAGAAGACAAACAAAAGAUUACUGUGGCUGAGAAAAGGCGAACUUAUUGAAGACAUUACAGAAGAAAUUGUGGAGUGGUUUAAGGAAUGGUAUUAUGGAUAUGGAUUCUUCCCGCUUUAUCCUUACGAACUGGAAGGAGGCACUGUUAUAGUUGUCAAAGGCGAAUAUCCAUCAAUAGAAGAACAACAGCUCGAGGAUGAAAGAUACGCAAAGAACACCAAGGGAAAAACUAAGGAACAGUUAAAACAAGAUAGAGAGAAGGCUAGAGAAGAGGAAAAAAUGAAAGCAGAACAGAUGAAAGAAAUGCUUAAGAAGGAAAAGGCAAACCUCGUGAAAGCGAGAUGUAAUCCGUCCACUGACCCGGGGUACGACAUGAAAAUUUCGGAGUACCAGGAUGAACUUUGCAAUGCUCUUCGCCGGUACCGCCAAGCAUGGACCUUGAUUGAUACUUUGCCGCCUGAGAGAUGGGGCGAUGCGAUAUAUGGGUUCAUGGCCCCCAUACUCUCUGAGGAACUGAUGGAGAAGAUACAGCUCGAGGCGAGAGUUUACGUUGAUGAAAUGAUGAGGUUAGAAUUAAAGACGUUCACUAAAGCCCAAAAAGCGAUGUACAGCCGAUUGGGAUGGCGAUGGCCGAAAAGAAGACCGAGGAAGAGGCCCAAACCACCUCCACUCCCACCCGAUCCUUUCAUUGUUGAUAACACGUUGUUGAAAAGUAUUGAGCCAAUCUUCGAUUUAAACAUAAUGUCGCGUCCGACAACGAAAAUUUGCGAUAUCGUCGGUGACUACAGUUUCAUAGCUUACUCCGCAAAUGUGCAGGAUCCCGAUGCUAAAUACCCUUCACCCGGUUAUGGUGACAUCCGGCGCCGGUUACUUUUAUCCUGCGUCUUCGCUUCAGGUCUGGAGCAACCCCCUCCAAAGAGAAACAAAGCAGUGCUGCUGCUCGGAAUACCUAGGAAUGGAAAGUCUUUUAUGGUGGACGCUAUUGCUGGAGAAAUGAAUGCAGUAAAAUUUGACAUUUCUCCCGACGUAUUCAGCGCCAAAAUAAAAAAGGUGCCCAAGUAUCUGAACUUAGUCUUCCAAGCCGCCCGAGUCUUCCAGCCUUCUGUCAUAUUUUGCAAGAAUAUCGAACGUGUGUUCUACAAGAAGGUACCUCCAGCCGAAAAGAAGGAAAAGGCAAAAUCGUUAAAGAAGCCGUUACAAAAGUUGCUCAAGUCUAUUCCAGUUGACGAGAAAAUUAUAUUUAUCGCGACAUGCUCCAAUCCAUGGGUAGCAAAGGCGCGUGGAAUGAUAAAAACGUUCGACGAGACCAUUUUGGUGCCUUGGCCGGACUAUGGCAGCAUACAACAGUUUUUUUAUUGGGCUUUUCAGAAGAUAAGAAGUAUGCCCCGGGAUUUUUGCACGCAAGCGCUUGCGCAGAUCUUCAAAGGACUCGGCAUGGGCGCCAUAAUGGACGUGUUUCACAGUGUUCUUAAUUCGGAGAGAAUUUGCAAGAAGAUGAAUCGUUACCGAACUGAUUUCAGAUUGAACGUAACACGAUUAGAUCAGUCCGAGUUUGUGGAAUACAUGAUUGAAAAUGAAAUUGAGCAGUUGUCGAUCUUCGAUCUUGAAAAGUACACAGAUUUCGCAUUGCGAUAUUCGCCCCUAAAAGCCGAAAGGGCGGAAUAUGAGAUGAUCAACACUACGCGAGCUGAGGCGUACGCAGCACUCCGUAAGAAGGCCGAAGAAGCAGCGCAGAAGGCUGCAAAAAAAGGCUAAAUUAUAAUAUUUCUUCAGUGUCGCUACAUAUGAGAAUACAACAACCAAAGGUCGUCAUUCAUGAAAAUAUACUUACAGAGAAGGUGCUGUAAAAUAUCGUAUUCCACGGUAAGAACUCACGGAGCGAUUUUCACCCGUACACACAGUGGUUGCGGGACCGCGCUCUCCGUAGAAUGUAGAUAUGUAUGUGAGAUUUAGUGCAUAUUUCACGACGCGUUAUAGGCGGACGGUUACUAGAACGGCUAGAACCUCCCGGGACGCGAUCAUCAGCGUGGUUUGCGGUCGACGCCCGUGCACUCUGCGAUUGGUGCGCCCGCGACGAUCUCUAUCAAUCCUAAAUAGCGGCGCGAGUUGCGAUCAUCUCCCGCCAAGUUGCGGGCUGUUCCGCAACCACGGCGGCUACAUGUCCGGACAAACCUGCGUUGCCGUGAGUAUUGAAAUAAAAGGGCUGUCCCCUGGCCCGCGGUCGGCGGGUGCGGGUGGAAACCAUUCCGUGCGUUCUUAGCCUUAGAUUGGAAACUGGACGACUGCGGGUAGCUUGCGCGACUUGAUCAAAAUAAAAUGCCAAGUUUACAUAGGCUAUUCUCGACGGCAGCGGCCCGCGCGGCGGUACAUGUCGCGUUUCAGUCGAGCUAUGAAUGCGCGUUCGAAUGGUUUUGUUGCAUACCCAUACCUAUUUUUCGAUCAAUCAAAUUUAGAGAUGUCGUCGGAGGAAAUAAUUUCAGCUUAGAAAGACCACCAAUAUGGCACAGCAUACAUGUCGACCAUAAAUAUUAUUAAACGCUAUAAAGAGAAGAAUAGAGAUAUUAAGUAUUCGUUCAGAACUAGAGUGCGAUUCCAAUUCUGGUUUGACAUUUGUAAGAAUAUAGUCAAACGUUGCCACGGUCAUUGUAGCACAUCAUAGAACUUAUCCGGAUUUUGUCUUUGGUCUUCGUAAUUACGGCGAUUUUUGUUUGUAGUACGUCUACGUUGUACGUCACGUUAUUUGCGUCUGGUCUUGCGCCCAUAAUAACUCAUACUCAAUAAAAGAACCAGGAACUAUAAAAAGGUCACGUCACUAUGUCGACAUCGCGCUCACACUCUCAUCACAUCACUUUUACCGUCGCAAACUAAGCGAUCUGGUCGCUGGCGUUAGGAACACAGAGGUCUUACUAUGAACUACGAUCCAGUUUACAGUCCGACUUUUUUUGAAGACGGAGUAAAAUGACACUGACAGGAUUGCCAGUUUUUAUAAAAUUUUAAAUAAUCAUGUAGUUGUUGUCGAUUAUUUUAUCGAUAGAUUGUGAAAGAAGGUAACAUUUGUC